AUGGGUGAGAAAUUUCACGUGCUUCCAAAAGACUUCGACUUUCCAAGUAUCGAUCCACUAGGGGCGUGGAUGCUGUGGUGGUUCGGCAAUCCGAAGCUUAACUACAAGAGCAUACCAUCGAACGAUCUGGACACACCACAAAAGGAAGCAACAUUGUCAGAGUGGUAA